ACCCCUCCCUGUUUCUCUCACCAUAUCAACCCACAAAUCCUUCUGCAUCUCGAUCACCCGCAAUCCGCCAAUUCUCAAGCGCUCUUUCUCUAAUUAUUCUCUCUUUUUCUAUAUUUGUUUACUUUGUGUUCCCUUAUUCCAUGGCGGAAACCAAAGAUACCCACGUCGUCGAAAUCCCAGUAGACGAAGAGCACCAGCAGAAACAAAUCUCUGCCGUGAACACAGUCGCCGCCCUCCAACACCACCCAUUGGCGGAAAUAUCUGAGAGCCCCGGCCACUUCUUACUUCUCAAGCUCUGGCAAAGAGAAGAAGACCUCUUUGGGCGGAGAAUGUCCCGAAAGGAAUCAAGAAAAGACGCGAUCGGGAGAGAAAUCUUCCAGCUCUGCUGUUUCUUCUUCGUUUUCCACGGCCUUUUCCUCACGAUCUUGUUCACGUCCUCUUCAGGGCACCAUCAAUGCAAGAAGUGGUGGAUCCCGUCGGCUUUGUCCGCCUGCACUUCUCUUGUCAUUGUGUUUCUUGUUCAAGUGAAGCUUUGCAGGUACUGGAAAGUGGAGCGGCAGUUGCAAAGGGACAGGACGGACGGCCGGGCCCUGACCCGGUGCAUCCAGGAGUUGAGGAUGAAGGGGGCCAGUUUCGAUUUGAGCAAAGAGCCGCAGGACGGGAAGAAAUUGAAGAGCUCGAGCGUGGAGAUCAAGUGGAGGCCGCUCACUUGGUGCUCCCAUUAUAGAGUGACUGUUUUUCUUGUUUGUUUUACAGGUCUGGUGUUGCCUUCGUGCAGAUUCAUCCUCUGUGCUUAAUUCACAAAGCCCACAAGCCAGGAACUGAUCUUGUUCCAAUCAAAGAAAACGUCUCAGGAAAAAUUCGAGCGAAUGGCGAUUGGUAUAUGGAGGAGGGAAUGAUUUCUCUCCAUCUCUUGCAAGGAAUGAAGCUCUCUGGGUCCGACUGUGUUGUAUUCUAUGGAUGAAAUCACUGUGCAAAGAACGAUCUGCAUUUCUUCAGAGAAUCUCAGACUUCAUAUAUGAAUGUUUUUGACACUGAUGAUCUUGGAAGUGAGAAGCGUGGAAUCGAUCGAGUUUGCUGAAACUGUUUAACGUUUUGCCACAAAAAAAGAUGGAAUUGGAGUAUUGUAUUGCAAAAUGUAAUCCUGCUAUAUAUAUAUAUUGAGCAGGCUACAGUAAUAGCAACACUGCUUGUGUUCUGUUUCUUCCAUGUACCAAUUUUUAUGACUGUAAUCUUCAGUUCCUUGUGGGAAUAAGAAUUUUCUGCCUUCCUUAGUUGUCAUUUUAUUGGGAUAUCA